GUACUGAGACACAAAUUUUCUUUUACUGCCCUCAGAUUACUUUAACAAUCUCCCUGCACCUUUUCAAACUUUUGUUUAGAAUCCUGCAAAUGAGGCCUUCCAGUUUAGCAGUAUCUUUUAUGGCGUUGUUCAUUUUCCUUUCCAGUGUUCAAGGGAUUAGAUUGGAGAAAAGUUUCAAAUCACCAUGGCCUCCGAAAUUGCAUGAAGAAGCUUUCAGGGAAAGCAGUGAUGGAGUUGUGGGAGAAGUCAUUUUCUGCAAAGAAGAGCAUUGUACAGGAAACAGUAGGAAACUUCUUACUGUAACUACUGCUACUGCUACUGCUGCAUCUGCCACCAGUCCAAAGAGCGAAGACAGUGGAGAUAACAAAGCUAACACUAGUUCAAAAGUCAAAUUAGGAAACCAAGAAAAUGUUGGAAAGCAAGAGAAAGUCCCUGUUAGUUCGCCGACAACUCCCGAGGUCCAUGACCAAUAUGCGGAUAUUAUGGCGAUAGCUGAAAUGGACUAUGCACCAGCCAAGAGGAAACCUCCAAUACACAACUAAGAAUGUGGGGGGGGGGGAUUCAACGAUAAUACUAAAAAGAGAAGAAGAAGAAGCAAAAGUUUUCCAGAUAAUUGAAGGAAUGAGAAAUCUGACAGCUUCCCAGGAAUACUGCAGUUUUUUAGGGUUUGAGAAUGAGCUUUUGUACAUGUAAUAUAGUAUUUUAUUACCAUCAUACUUAGUUGUUAAACCAUCACUUUUGAUGAUUGAGUAAUGAUGCACCCUUUUUGGAGUAC